AUGGAUCACAAGACCGAAGGGAAAAGGAAGCAGCGACAUAGCUUGACUUUACUGGAUCAAUUAAACAGGAUGAAAGAAUUAACACAAAUGAUUGAUGUGGUCCUUGUAGCAGAAGGUGAGAAGUUCCCCUGCCAUAAACUGAUAUUGGCUGCGUUCAGUCCCUAUUUCAAAGCCAUGUUUACCUGUGGCUUGCUUGAAUGCACCCAAAGAGAAGUGGUGCUCUAUGACAUCUCAUCAGAGAGUGUGUCCAUAAUACUUAACUACAUGUACAGUGCAGAUUUGCACCUCACUCAUUUCAAUGUCCAAAGUGUUGCUGUUGCUGCAUUUUUUAUGCAGAUGGAAGAUGUUUUCAAUGUGUGUCAGAAAUACAUGAUGGACCAUAUGGAUGCUUCCAACUGUGUGGGGAUCUACUAUUUUGCAAAGCACAUUGGGGCAGAAGAAUUGUCCGAUCAAGCCAGGCAAUAUUUGUAUCAGCACUUUGCUGAGGUGAGCUUGCAUGAAGAAAUAUUAGAGAUUGAAGCACAGCAAUUGCUGAGUCUCAUAAGAUCAGAUGAUCUGAAUGUAUCCCGGGAGGAGAGCAUUUUGGACUUGGUCCUCAGAUGGGUGAACCAUAGCAGAAAAUCACGUGUCGAGCACCUGAUUGAACUCCUGAAGCAAGUGAGACUGGAACUUGUAAGCCCUUCUUUCCUAGUGGAAGCUCGGAAAAGGAACACGGUGCUUCUGUCUAAUUCAGAAUGUCAUGAUAUGAUUGAUGGAGCAUUAGAAACUAUAAAGAAAUCCAACCACCCCUCUCUCAGUCUUCGCUAUGGCAUGGAGACCACCAGUCUUCUACUUUGCAUCGGCAAUAAUUCUCUGGGGAUUCGAUCAAGACAUGGUAGCUAUGCAGAUGCCAGUUUUUGUUACGCUCCUGCAACACAAAAGACUUACUUCAUUUCCUCCCCGAAGUAUGGUGAGGGUUUAGGAUGUGUGUGUACCGGUGUUGUCACUGAGAACAACGAUAUUAUUGUGGCAGGGGAGGCCAGUGUUGCCAAAAUGUCUAGACAAAAAACCAAGAACAUUGAAAUUUAUAGGUACCACAGUAGAGGAAACCGGUUUUGGCAAAGUUUGUGCACUGCUCAGUUUCGUGAACUCUAUGCCUUGGGCACUGUUCAUAAUGACCUGUAUGUCAUAGGAGGGCAAAUGAAACUGAAAAACCAAUAUCUGGUCACAAACUGUGUUGAGAAGUAUUCCAUGGAGCAAGAUAGCUGGAGAAGUGUGGCGCCUCUUCCAGUGCAACUGGCCUGCCAUGCUGUGGUAACAGUAAAUAAUAAACUCUAUGUGAUGGGAGGCUGGACACCACAGAUGGAUCUCCCUGACGAUGAGCUGGAUCGAUUAAGUAACAGAAUGUUGCAGUAUGACCCAGGCCAAGACAAAUGGACAGAGUGCACACCAAUGAAGUACUCAAAAUACCGCUUCAGCACAGCUGUAGUCAACAGUGAGAUUUAUGUCUUGGGAGGAAUUGGCUGCUUGGGUCGAGACAGGGGACAGGCACGGCAAUGUCUUGAUGCAGUGGAGAUUUAUAACCCUGAUGGGGAUUUUUGGAGAGAUGGGCCUCCGAUGCCUUCUCCUCUACUCAGCUUACGAACCAACUCCACUAGUGCAGGCUCGGUGGAAGGGAAGCUAUAUCUCUGCGGAGGAUUUCAUGGAGCAGCUCGCCAUGAAAUUAUCACCAAAGAGAUCCUAGAGUUGGAUACGUGGGGAAACCAGUGGAAUGUGGUGGCCAUCAACGUCCUCAUGCAUGACAGCUACGAUGUCUGCCUCGUAGCUAGACUGAACCCCCGAGAUCUUAUCCCCCCACCCUCUGACCUAGUGGAUCAAUAG